AUGGUAUCUAGUGAGCUGAUCUUUGGUGUGGCAUUCUUCUUUCAGUGCACCAUUGGUGUUGUAGGAAAUUCACUGCUGCUCCUGCUCUAUGUUUGUAUCUCCUUCAAAAAGCCUCAACAGAAGAAGCCAAUGGACUUGAUUCUUGCUCAUUUGACUUUGGCCAACAUGAUAACACUUUUUACCAGAAGCCUCCCAGAAAUCAUGUUUUGUUUUGGGAUGAGACAUUUUUUAGAUGAUUUAGGGUGUAAAGCACUCAUAUACAUUUACAGAAUUUCUCGGGGACUUUCUGUCUGCACAACGAGUCUUCUGAGUAUGUUCCAGGCCCUCAUCAUCAGUCCCCACAACUCUGUGUGGGCAAGCAUCAAAGUCAGAGCCCCUAAAUACAUUUUACAUUAUUUCCUCCUUUUCUGGGUCACCAAUGCAGUGAUAUUCAUCAGGAUCAUUGAACUCACUGAAGCAACCAAAAAUGUCACAAUUUCUAGGUUUCGUUAUACUUCACAUAUCUUCAUGGUACAAUUAAUAAAUGAUGAUGAAAUUUCAGCUGCAUUUCUGUUUAGUAUGAUUUUUCAUGACCUUAUCUUUCACUUCCUUAUGGGCUUGUCCAGUACCUACAUGGUGCUCCUACUCUAUAGACACAGCAAGCAAGUCCAGCACAUUUAUAGUGGUAGUCAUUCCCCUAGAUCUUUCCCUGAAGUCAAAGCCACACAGACUAUCCUCUUGCUUUUGACUUGUUUUGUUUUAUUCUACUGGAUCAACAACUGUAUCACCAUAUACGAAACUUCUAAAAUUGAAAAAGAUGUUGAGCUGGAAACCAUUGCAAGCUUUUUUGGUGGAUGUUACCCUGCCCUCUCUCCCUUACUGCUGAUUGGCAGUGAGAGUCGUAUCCCAAAUUUUCAUUGUAUGCCUAGAAAGGUACAAAGGCCUCAUAAGGAUUUUAUGGAUGGAUUCACCAACUCAUGA